AAUCGAGAUUUAAUUUUUUUGCCAUAUCGCCCAGCCCUAUCCUGGUGUCUUUCUAAUCUGUAGGUAGUUGUCUGAUUCUGAUACCAGUGAACUUAUCAAACUACACUUCUGGGGAAAACUUGGCUUUGGCCAUUUAACAACUGCUAAGGAAAUGUGCACGUGUACGUUUUGUUUUUUGAAACUUUUCCAUUAACUUUGUCUGAACUGUUUUGCAUGUCUGUCAUGCAAACAGAUGUUGUCUCAGGCCAACAUGGUGUCUCCACUGGUACGUCCACCCCAUGCAAACUCCUUUCCUGGAGGGAUGCAACGUUCGCCUAUGGGUCAACCCAUGUCUCCUAACCUGAGCGGAGGUCUGAUGCCUCACCCUAGACCCCAACACCCUCCACGUGGACCCUCUGGUCCUCCUUUAGCGCCCCGUGGCACACAGGUGUCCUUGAAAGCAGAACAGGACCUUAAGGCUAAACAGAGAGCUGAGGUUUUGCAGUCUACCCACAAGUUCUUCUCCGAGCAACAGCAGCUGAAGGCUCCAGUCAGUAAGCCCACCCGCGUGGAAGGACCUGGCAAACCCACCGACAGUGUCCCUUCAAAUCACCAGGGGGCACCAUCCGACCACCAAGAGUCUAACAAACCUACACCUCUAGCAACAACCAAACCCAUCCGAACGGGUCCAAUCAAACCGCAGGCCAUCAAACCAGAAGAGAGUAAAUAGUCAGACCUGCGUGAGGAAGGAAAAAUGGAUAGAAGGAUGGACAGAGGGGCCUGAUGCAAAAAGGGCAAUGUACUAUAGCACCUGAAAGCUGUUAAGGAAGUAUAGGGAUCUAGAGUGAUAGAGGUUUAUUACAAGGUUCUGUGCAUUUCACUCACAUUUACUGUACCUUCCUCAUCCUUUUAUCAGUCCUCUAUUCUCUCUUCCGCUGUGGUUGGCAUUGAGGUGAAACCACCCCUUCAUUGUGUGUCCAAAAUGAGAACUCUACAUCCCCAGUAAACAAUGAAGGUUGAGAUCAGCACGAAUUACACUGGCUGCUGAGAAUGCCAUUUUUAUAGCAAUAUGUUUGACCCCCCCACCCCAUAUAGAAACAUGUUUUAAGCAGGCAGAUUUUUCAAUUUUUGAUUGAAGAUGUUUAUCUCAACUUUGUUUUUUGGUUCUUUAACUAUCAACCAACUCUGUACAUUUUGGCAAUAGUGAUGUGAUAUUGUGUACACACUCAUGCAUAUCACUACUGUGUGUGCACAUCUCUGCAUUGGCUGCACUUACAAUUAAUUACCUUCUCAUCAUAGUUUCACCUCAACCACAUGUAUUGGCCUUAACCAAUACAAAGAACAUAAUUUCAGCAGAUUAGGAAUUGGUUAUGGAUGUAUUUGAUUAAAUUCAUCGAUCACAGUCUACACUGUGAGUCUUCUCUCCUGCCUUCUCAGUAGUCUAUGCCUGCAAGAAUUGAAGAUUGUGUGUGUUUGCGUGUGCACAAAAGACCCUUGAAUCUUGAGCCAAAAGUUAGGCAUCGAGAGACCUGAAUCCUUUUAGAUGAAUAUAUAUGAUUUUGGAAAAUGGUGAGCUCCACUCGGUCAACAGAUAGUAGAAUUACCAUUAAAUGUUUUUUUGGUUAAACUGUUCCUCCUGUCCAGGCCUAUGUUUGAUGUAUCCUAUGAUUAAGACCCUCCCCUUAAUUUGUGAAUGUGAGGACAGAUGUUGACACACCCACUUCUCAAACUAGCUCCAGUCUUUCACCUUCCAGCCUCUCCUCAAAGCUCCCAACAAUGCUGCUGAACAGCUCUGACUCUUCUGACCAAUCACUGCAGAGGAUGGGCAAGGUUUGGGUUGGGGCGAGUGGUCAAGCAAUUUAGGUUCAAUAGUAAAGAACGUAGCUGCCAUUUUAGAAGACGAACGUUGAGCGCAACGCAGCCAAACUCGGUGGGGGGGCUGGGGGCAGGAGUGAUGAAAGUCUUGGAACAGAGGCCCUCGAAUGUUUGAGCAAAAAGGACUCCUGGUGACCACAGGCCUGAGUUUACAAGGUCUUUCUCCAAACCACUCCUCUUUGGUUGCUAGUACUAAGAAGGGGACUGGAAAUGUACAAGGGUUUCAGUAAGGCCCCCCCAUUUCUUGUUUGUGUAGUAGGAAUGAGAAGCUACAAACAGAAGGGGAGGAGAGGGAAUUACAUUGUUUUUUUCCUUUUUUUUUUUUUUUUUUUUUUACUUGUACAGGGGUUAAAUCGCUGUAUUAAAAUAUGUAAGGUCUUAUUUACAUUAUCCUGGUUUGGUUAAAGAAACUAAUAAAAUAAUAUGCUGUUAAAAAUGAACUGUGUUUUUUUGCUGUGUAAUGGAUUAAAUAAUGACGUUGAGUGUGUCCACCAAAAAUGUAUUAUGGUACUGCCACUGUCCCAACACAUUCAAGUGUGUAUACAUUUUGCAGUGCCAUUUUUAGAGAUGUUAGGCACUGAAACCAUUGGUCAACUCUAGUCCAUAUUCUGUCCAUCUUGAUACUUUGAAAAUAUU